CCCUAACUCCUGUUUGUGUGUAUUCCCGUUUUCAACUCCGUUAUCUCUCGUUUAAGAAAAAAACGUCUUCUACCUUCCCUACCCUUUACAGUCGCGUUUUCUCGCCGUUGCCAAAAACCCUAAGAACUCUAUAAUGGCGUCGAAAUUCGGGAUGGCCGGCGGCAUACCGGAACGGCGUGUCCGGCCUGUUUGGGACGCAAUCGACUCUCGACAGUUUAAAAAUGCACUCAAGCUAUCUACGACUUUGCUCUCCAAAUAUCCCAACUCUUCCUACGCUCUCGCACUUAAGGCUCUCAUACUGGAAAGAAUGGGUAAAUUGGAGGAAUCACUAUCUGUCUGCAUCAAUGCUAAAGAGCUUUUAUAUAAGAACGAUUUGAUCUUGAUUGAUGAUCUCACACUAAGCACAUUGCAGAUUGUUUUUCAACGGCUAGAUCAUCUGGACAUGGCUACUAGUUGUUAUGAGUAUGCAUGCGGAAAGUUUCCGAACAAUUUGGAACUGAUGAUGGGACUCUUCAAUUGCUAUGUUCGUGAAUAUUCUUUUGUGAAGCAGCAACAGAUAGCCAUUAAAAUGUAUAAAAUUGCUGGUGAAGAGAGGUUCUUGCUGUGGGCAGUCUGUAGCAUUCAGUUACAGGUUUUUUGUGGGAAUGGAGGAGAGAAACUUUUGCAGUUAGCAGAAGGUUUGCUUAAAAAACACAUUGCUUCUCAUAGCUUGCAUGAGCCUGAAGCUCUUAGUGUAUAUAUUUCUCUAUUGGAACAGCAAGCCAAAUAUGGGGAUGCUACAGAAGUUCUUUCAGGGAACUUAGGAUCACUUAUAAUGAUUGAAGUUGAUAAACUACGGAUACAGGGGAGGCUUCUUGCUCGGGCAGGUGAUUAUGGUGGAGCUGCAGAUAUUUUCCAAAAAGUCUUGACAUUGUGCCCUGAUGAUUGGGAAUGCUUUCUUCAUUAUCUUGGUUGCUUGCUGGAAGAUGACUGUAUUUUCCCCGGUGGGACUAAUAGCCCUUCACUUCACGUGUCAACAUUGAUUGACUGCAACCACCGACACCUGUCAGAUGAUGUGUUUGAUUCUCGUAUAUCAAGGGCCUCUGAGUUUGUAGAAAAGCUAAAAGCAGAAGCAGGUAGUGAUUCUAUAAGAAACCCGGACUUGGCAAAUCUUGAAAUUGAGAGGAGGAAAAUAAUAUUUGGAAAGGGUAGUUAUGACAAACUCAUGGAGGACAUUAUUCUAUUCUUCUCCAGAUUUGGACAUUUAGCUUGCUUCUCAGCUGACGUGGCAGUCUUCCUUCAAGUUCUACCCGGUGAUAAAAAAAACCAGUUACUAGAAAAGUUGGCUAAAGGCAUUGCUUCUUCCGCCACGUCAUCAAAAAAUGUUCUUGGACAACAUAUAACACUUUUUAAAAUAAGAGAACUGAUUGGUGACAUGUUCCCACUUCCCGAAGGAGAUCUUGUGGGGUUUGCAGUACAAAUGACAGAAAUGUAUUGUCAGAAUCUUCCUCUUUCAAAGGACUUGGAUGUACAAGAGAGUAUGUUUGGUGAAGAGUUUCUAUGUAUGACAUGCAAUGUACUGGUUCAGCUAUUUUGGCGUACAAAACAUAUUGGCUACUUAUUGGAAGCUAUUAUGGUGUUGGAGCUUGGGUUGACAGUCCGCAGAUAUGUUUGGCAAUACAAGAUUUUGUUGUUACACCUGUACUCUUAUUGGAAUGCUCUUCCAUUAGCAUAUGAACGGUACAAGUCAUUGGAUGUGAAGAACAUCCUUUUGGAAACUGUCUCACAUCAUAUUUUACCCCAAAUGUUGACAUCUCCAUUAUUGGUAGAUACUAGUGAUCUUCUAAAGGGUUACUCAAGGUUCAUGGAUGAACACUUCAAGGAAUCUGCAGAUCUUACUUUUCUUGCAUAUCGUCAUCGAAAUUACUCAAAAGUAAUUGAAUUCGUUCAAUUUAAAGAGAGAUUGCAACGUUCGAGUCAGUACUUAACAGCAAAGAUUGAAGGAUCAAUCCUGAAUUUAAAACGAAAUGCAAAUAGUAUCGAAGAAGCAGAGUCUGUACUUGAAAGCUUGAAUUUUGGAAGCGACUUUCUUGAUGUUUCAAAUGAGAUCCAGUCCAAGAAAUUGACCUUCAAUGAAGAUUUACAAUUACGUCCUUGGUGGACCCCAUCUUACGACAAAAAUUACCUUUCAGGACCUUAUGAAAGCAUGUCAAAUUAUCCUAGAGAAACCUUGCGGAAUGAUGUUAAAGAAACGGAAUCAAAGGUGACAAGAACAAUCGAGAAAAGGUCACUACUUCCACAGCUCAAAUCCUUGCUGGAAUCCUAUGCAAAAUUUCUACAACUCCCAUUCCAGGAUGCAGUGGUGCUUGUUAACAGUGUUGCAUCUGGUCAAAAACCUUUGGAGGUUUUUUCUCCAAAUCUGAUUGGCUGGAUGAACUUUGCUGUGUGUUUAAACGCCUGGAAUCUGAAUUCCAACGGAAUCACAAUUCCGAUGAAUUGGGAACUUUUAUGUUCAUUACUACAACAAUCCGUUUCUUCAAAGAUAAAAACCGCAAAACCGUUGUUAUCUUUCCCGGGAACCGACCUUUCCAUUCUUGUCCAGUUAGUAACGGAGCCGCUUACGUGGCACGGUCUCAUCAUCCAGUCAUGUGUCCGGUCAACUCUUCCGUCCGGUAAAAAGAAGAAGAAAGGCGGCGGUGGUGGGACCUCCGAUCAGUCAAACACCCAACUCUCAAGCUCAAUAAAAAAUUCAAUCAUAUCACUAAAUAACACGAUUGAUCAAGUUUCUAAAUGGUUAAAAGAACAAAUCAAUAAGUCAGUUGAUGGGGACAUUGACAUUUUACUUUCGUCUAUUAAUUGUGAUGAUGGUGGGCCUGGCCCCGGAAAAGUUGUUAAGAUUCUUGAAAAAUUGGUUUCUUCGGUUGAUGAUUUGGAGGUUGGUGAAAGGAUUUGUCAUGCGGUUAAGCCGUGGAAGGCGGCUGAUGUGGCGAGGAAGAUGGUAACGGCUCAGGGAACUGCUUUGACUGACUUUCUUAAUGUUUGUGAUUCAAAAAUAAAGGUUUUGCAGGGACUGAAACUUCAAAUAUAA